AUGGGCGAAACUGAUCAUAUCAUCAUCGGAACACCCGUCAAUCUGAUGGGCGGGAGCAUUAACUUCCGGGUGUUCGAUUGCCGUUUUUGUACUGGACGACGCGGUCGUCAUGAUCGCUACUCAGGGCCACCAGGAUCGGUGCAUCCGGAUACACAAGCAGCUGUCGUCGUCCUGCCAAAUUAUGUUCUCGGCCACGUACGAGCGGGAGGUGAUGGAGUUCGCCGAGUAACCAAUCCGAUCGUGUUUCGUCUGGUGCGGGAGCAAGAAUCACUCAAUAACAUCAAACAGUACUACGUCAAGUGCCGCAACCAGGACAAGAAAUAUCAAGCAAUUUCGAACAUCUACGGUGUGAUUACCGUCGGACAAUCGAUCAUUUUAUGUCAUGUGAUGUACAGGACAGUUGUAAGCUCCAAGUAA